AUGUUCAACUGGUUGCCUAGCUAUUUUCAUGAAUCAUUUCCAGAAGCUCAGGGUAUCGUAUACAAUGUAGUACCGAACUUGGCUAUUGUGGUCACUGCAUUGUUGGCACCAUUUUUGGCAGCACGAUUGUUGAAUGGAGGCAAAUCAAUGACGGUCACUAGGAAACUCAUGGAGGGAGUUUCCUUGAUCGGUGUAGCAGUGUGUCUAUUCCUUGUACCAUGCACUUCAUCUUUCACACCGGCUCUUCUGAUAUUCACAACGGCAAUGGCUUGUCGAGGUUUACACCACGGAGGUGUUUCGGUCAACCCUCAUGAUUUCGCUCCACAUCAUACUGGAGCCGUNGUACCAACUGGGCCAGGUAUCUUCAAUGCCUGUGGGGCGAUCACAGGCUUCAUCGGUGUCUACGUUGCCGGGCACAUCCUUGACGCCACUGAUAAUAAUUGGUCGUAUGUCUUCAUAAUUACGGGUAUUCAAUGUGUUAUUGGAGCUGCGAUAUACGGGCGUUAUGGAACAGGCAGCAAGAUCAUCUAA